AUGGAGGAGUGCCCAGGUAUGGAGAAGGAGGAACAGUCUCCGAGGAUUCUGAGAUUCUCAGAUUCUCAGAUGGUCAAUAGACCCGGAGAGUACCCAGGUCCCUUACUCCAGAUGGCGAUCGAAAAUCAGACUCCAAUCGUGCAAAACAGGCCAAGUGCGAGUGCUGCUGGCAUCCAGCAAAAGCGUGUGGCAGCAUCUCUGACCCACUGCCCUUGCUGGGUCUGGAGGAGCCCUGAGCGCUGCAAAACGCAUCCAUCGCGAGAAAGCGUUGCAUUUCGAUUAGCUGUCGUUGCAAAGCAAAAGGGAGUACGCUCGUCGAUCCGAAUGUCUUGUGGCGCGACACCGACAUGGGAGCUGUGA